AUGAGCGGUGUUCUACGUACCACCUCGCGUUCAGAAGCGGAGAACAGUGCGUACGGUAAAAACACACGCCCACAUUGUAGUCUGGUCGAGUUCUACGUGCAAUUUGAGAGCGUCCUAGAAACUCAACGGCACAGACAAAGUAAAUUAAAUGCUGAGAGUGAAGGGUCCUUGCCUGAUUUCAAAACUCCUUUAGCAUUGGAGCGACACAUGGUGCAGGUAUUUACCUUAACAGUGUUUUAUGAGCUCCAGGUAGAGAUCGAAGCUGCAUGUUUUUAUUGCAGUGUUGUGGGGAUCCAUGCAUAUGGUGAGUGCAUCCGUUACGACAUUAGAGGGGAGUACAACGUUGUCCAUACUGUUGAAUAUACCCCGUCUUUGACUAUUGCGACAUGUAGCUGCAAGUUGUUUGAAAGAUUGGGGUUUGUUUGCCGGCAUAUGUUUCUUGUGUUCAAAGAUGCCGAAAUGGUGAGCUUGCCAUCGCCGUACAUCGCAGCACGAUGGUGUAAGCAAGAAGGACUAGCUAGCUGGUGUGCUCGAUGUUCUGACUGCCCUCCUUUAGAAACUGUGCCUAGUCAGUUGUGGACUGAGAUACAUAAUUGUGCCGUGAUAGUUGGAAGCAAUAAAGUGCGCCAAACGCGAAUGCUACAGGUAAUAAAAGAAUUAAGAGACGAGUUUCUGGGCGAUGGUAUGGACGUUGACCCCCCAAAAGGAAACGGUGUUGCCAUUGCAGCUUUGUGCGGUGUGGAGCCGCCGACGUCCAUAAUUAUCAAACCGCCAGCUCAAGCAAAAAACAAAGGGACCGGCAAGCGAAUUAAAAGCCAACGCGAGUUAGCUAUUGAGAGGAGUGGCAAGGCUAGCAGAAAGUGCGGGGUGUGCGGCGAGUAUGCACAUCAUAAUGCCCGCAGCUGUCCGUUGAAGUGA